AUGGCUAGGUUCAGAACAUUGCACAGCGUGGAUACAAACUACCCGGCAGAUUCCGUAGAGUGGUGUGCUCAGGAUGGUCACCAUGCCUACUUUGCUUGCGGAACCUACCAGCUGGUUGAAGCGGAAGAGAACGAAGUCACCACCAAGAACCGGCCCCGCAAGGGACGCGUUUACCUCUACCAUUUUGAUACAGGGAGCGGAGCACUAGAGCGGGUGCAGAGUAUUGACACGGCGGCAGUUCUGGAUAUGAAGUGGUUACCAGCAUGGAGCAUCGACAGUGGCCCACUUCUGGCCACAGCCAACGCCUUGGGAGAGGUAGAAAUCUACGAGCUGCUGUCGGAUGAAAAGCAACUGCAAAGACGGAUGUGCUUAGGUCUGACGGCUGCGGAGCCAACUGCUGAGGCUCCACUGGCCCUGGCCUUGGACUGGCAACGCGAUGGAGAUGAAUUGCAGCUGGUAGUCUCGGACUCGAAAGGAAACAUCAACCUUUUGCGCUACACCCCGCAGGGAAAACUGUUCGUCCUCAGCGCAUGGAAUGCACACAGCUUUGAGGCCUGGACUUGUGUUUUUGAUCGCUGGACACCGCAUCGCGUGUACAGUGGUGGCGACGAUUGCCUCCUCCAGGCCCGUGAUUUGCGCACGGAGCAGCUUGUGUGGACGAACAGGGCGCACCAGGCAGGCGUUACCUGCCUGCUCAGCCAUCCGAAGCAUGAUUACCAACUACUCACGGGCAGCUAUGAUGAACAGCUGCGUGUCUUUGACACGCGCAUGAUGAAGCGCUCGCUGGCCGAAGUGAAUCUGGGGGGUGGAAUCUGGCGCCUCAAGCCGCACCCCAAUCGAGCGGAGAUCAUCCUGGCCGCCUGCAUGUACAAUAACUUUAGUGUCGUUCAACUCGACCUGGAGAAUUCGGCAGUAACGAUGCUGGGCACAUACGACGAACAUUCGAGCAUAUGUUAUGGCGCAGACUGGAAUCCGAGUCUAUCCGAGGGCGAUGGACUAAUGCACAUGGCCACCUGCUCCUUCUAUGAUCACAAAAUGUGCGUGAGCAGCUUUGAUCUUGGCUGUUCCCAGACGGAUUAAACAAAUAAAUUUUAAUUGUGUUCACAUUUC